AUGGAGAAUCUAGUAGCAUCAGACAGUAACAAAGCCAUAUUUUGUGUUGAAUGCAACGAUCAAGAAGCAUCCGUCUUUUGUGAGCAAUGUGACGAAGACUUUUGUGAAGUCUGUCAUGGCAUGCUUCAUCGUACGGGAACUCGAAAGCUUCAUACUGCCAAACAACUCGACUCACAAAAGGCAAGUGAACAUUUCGUUAUGCAAGCUGUUAACUCAACUAUCCUACAGAACGGGCAGCAGAAAGAGAUUACAGCUAUGAAGCAAGCUAUAGAAUUGGACGGUACUAUUAUCAGCAGCAGUGGUGUUACGUUUGGUGAUUACAUGACAAAAAGAUCAAAGACUAUACCUCUACGUUUAGAUGCAGAAGAAAGACAAUACCUUCGAUUAUUGGAAGCAGCAUUAAAUGUAUCUGAAUAUACUGAUAAGAUUGAUGUUAUUUCGUAUUCAAACAAGGCAAAGAGAAUUGUUGGACAAAUCAGAGACUUGUGCGCUAUUAUUUCAGGUCUACUGGUUGCCGGUGAUUAUAAGACAGGUGCACAGUUGUUUGCUAGUAGAAGUGUACGUGAAAAUGAAGCUAUUUUUCAGCGUGUGUUUGAAGUAGGCAGACGCCAUAAAAUCAUGAACCCUGAAAAAAUGCGAUCCAACUAUGGUAAAUUAAUGCAUAUGUUGAUGGAUUCAGUUAUUCCUGAAGUGGAAGACUAUCUUGGGUUUUCUUGUGUGAUACCUAUCAAGACAGUCUAUGACUUCCUUAAAAGCAGGGAUAGUAUAGAUGUAUUGCAUGAUGAUAGCAUUGUGUUGGCCACCCGAGAAAUAGCACCCGAGUUUAAGACAAGAGCACAGAUCGAUGCUGAAGUACAGAGAAAGCAAUUGGCUAUCCAGUCUAUAUGUGAAAAAUAUGCCAAUGAGAGGGUCAGCAAAGAAGAAAUCGAGCGCUGCUUAUUGUCCAUGUCAGAUAACAAUGCUUUUUUAAAAGCAAAUAGAGAUCCUUGUGAUAAAAUUCUUAAAUAUCUCUCUAAAUACUUUACACCCAACAAACAUGAUCAUGGUUAUUCGCUAGCUAUUCAAAAUGGUAGACAUGGACAUCGCCUUACACACUCUCAUUCAGCUCAAUACACAUAUGUACAUCAAUCCUUGACAUUAUGGCGUGAAAUCAUGAACGAAAUGUUUAUGUUAUGGAGUAUGGCUGAUGAAGAUUUGAUUUCACCCAAUGCUUAUCGUCUGACAAACACCGGUCAAGGUUUACAGAGAAUCCAGCCUUGUCCUAAUGUAUCCAAAGCUAUCCACAAAAUUUUGAAUAGAGUACACAAGAAAUGCGGAUCCUGGGUCGGCAGUAGUGUAGUCCAUUUGGGUGACAAGAAUGUACCUAAUUCGUUUAUGUUCAUUGAUAAAUAUAAUCAAGUAGCACGCAUUUUGACACCCAUUGUGAGCACUCUGGAUAAUUUGGAUUCCUUUGAAAAUGACCCUGACCUUGUAGACUAUGUUAAUAGUGCCUAUGGCAGCAUUGAACAAUGCAAGAAGGAUAUUUUAUAUGACUUGUUUACGCAUGGUUUUGAUGGCUCAGGAGGUGAUAAUUACUUUGAUGCAGGCAGUUGGUGUUCAACCAUUGAGAAGAAAAAGUUUUUUCCUAUAUUUCUGAUGACAGGUUUUACUGGAUUUGAUGGAAGUGAAUGGUAA